CCACAGCAUCUGGACUAUCGCGCGACUCAAGACUCACUCGACAGCGACAACGACAGCGAGCGGGCAGCAACCCUCAAAUAGUGUCGAGCAAUACUAUUGACAUUACCAUUACCAUUUCCAUUUCCGUUUCAGCCCCGGCUGCGAGCAGAGUGUCGCACGCGCGGAUUACGCUCAAAAGCAAUGCGAUAAGCGUAAAUGUACAACAACAACGAGAACAACUAAUAGCAUCAGCAGCAUCAGCUACACAUAUUGAGAGAUACGCGCCGGCAUCAGUGACAGUCAAUUGGCUGCAAUCAAGGUGACAACACCACGCCGCGGCAAGCGAACAGAGCAAGUGAAGUCAAUUAAAGUGAAUAGACAGUGCACAAGUGAACUCUUCUAGUGUUGUGAAGUGCCAAGAGACAAGUGCAGCAAGCGAUAUGGUGAUGCUGCAGUCACCAGUGCAAAAGCCUAGCGAUAGCAUCGGGGCACAGCCCACGGCCGUCGGCGGUCUGAUGAGCCCCAACUCGAAUCCCGAUUCGCCCAAAUCAAACACCUCGCCCGACCUGGCGAAUGUGGGCAGCAAUGUGAGCGCCGAGCUAGUCUCUGUGUCCAGCAAUGCCACCACUGCAACCACAUCCAUUAGCACGCCAGUAGCCAAGUUACCCAAGUUUAUAAUUGCUGCCAGUGGACAGGCUGCCAAGCAGGAGCAGGACCUGCGCUACUCCAUUGAGCGGUUGAAGCAAAUGAGCAGCGAAUCUGGAAUGCUCAGUCGCCUAACUCCCACACAGGAAGAUGCUGAGAAAGAGAAGACUAAUAACAAUAAUAACAACAAUUUGGCCAACAACAACAAGAAUAACUUGCGCCGCUCACAGUCACCGCCAGCGGGCGUCGGUGUCUUCCCUUUGCCGGCGCAACAGCGCAAGCUACUGGAGCUGAGCGCCGUGCGCCACUUGGCACGACCGGAGCCAUUGCAACAUCCACAUGCCGCAUUACUGCAGCAGCAUCCGCACCUGCUGCAGAACCCUCAGUUUCUAGCCGCUGCCGCUCAGCACCACCAUCAGCAGCAGCAGCAGCAGCAGCAACACAUGCACCACCAUCAUCACCAUUCUGCACAUUCACAUCCACAUCAUGCAGCAGCCGCUGUGUUUCAUCUGCGUGCCCCUGCAGCUAUAUCCAAUGGCAGCAACACCACUGCACCACCAUCGCCUGCCACAUCGCCUUUGUCGCCGCCCACAUCACCCAGCACUGGCACAGCCACAGGCACAGGCGUGGGCAACAGCCAAACGACACAUUCCGAGCCGCAAAGGGAGUCGCCCUUGGCAGCACCAGCAAAUCCUUCACAUUCAGCGCUGGUAGCGCCGCCACAGAAUCUACAUCCCACGUCCGCCAAUGACAUGGAUCUGGAGCGCAUUAAGCUGGUGGCAGCGGUUGCCGCGCGCUCCACUCAAAGCCAAGCUCCCAGCACAUCCACCGCCGCCUCGACUAGCUCCUCCUCCGCCUCGCCCACUGGCCGCGACUUAAGUGAUUACGGUUUCAGAAUACAGCUGGGCGGUCUGGCAGCAGCGGCAGCAGCUGCGGCAGCCACCUCUCGCCAGAUUGCGGCCGCUAGUUAUGCGCGCAGCGACACAAGCGAAGAGCUCAACGUCGAUGGCAACGAUGAGGACAGUAACGAUGGCUCCGGAUCCCACAGCACGCCGUCGGUCUGCCCCGUGGACCUGACACGCUCUGUGCCGAAUAGUGCGAAUAGUGCGAGCACUGCAUCCACCAGUGGAGCUAGCGACAGAGAGGCAACCAAGCGCCUCGCCUUCUCCGUGGAGAACAUUUUAGAUCCCAAUAAGUUCACAGGCAACAAACUGCCAGCGACAGCGCCACCUUUCGGGCAUCCGCGUCAGUGGACCUACGAUCGAGAUGAGGAAAUGCACGAUCAUCUGGACGACGAACACAGCGAAGAUAUGUCUGCUCAGGAUCUCAAUGACAUGGACCAGGACGACAUGUGCGACGAUGGCAGCGACAUAGAUGAUCCUAGCAGCGAAACUGAUUCCAAGAAAGGUAGCAGUCGCAACGGCGAUGGCAAGUCCGGGAGCGGCGGCGGUGGUGGUGGAUCCAAGCCGCGAAGGGCACGAACGGCUUUCACCUACGAGCAGCUGGUUUCACUGGAGAAUAAGUUCAAAACGACGCGUUAUUUAAGCGUUUGCGAGCGUUUGAAUUUGGCGCUUAGCCUGAGCCUGACUGAGACGCAGGUUAAGAUCUGGUUCCAGAACCGACGCACCAAAUGGAAAAAACAAAAUCCAGGAAUGGAUGUGAAUAGCCCAACCCUGCCGCCGCCCGCUGGUGGUUCCUUUGGACCCGGCGCCUAUGCCAGCAGCCUGCUCUAUCCGCACGCCGUGCCCUAUCCACCGUACGGACCCUACUUUCACCCUCUGGGCGCCCACCACUUGAGCCACUCGCACUCAUAAAAUUGUAAGAUGCAACAGCGUUUGUUGCAAAUCUUCGAAAAGCGUGCCAAGGGCACAGCCAUAGACCCAUAGCCAAAGCCCGGCCCAGCGGCCGACGCAAUGUAAAUAUGAAACUGCUUUAAGUGUUAUUUAGUCUCGCCUGUACAUAGUUCGUGUAUAAUAUUACAAAUUGUAGCGCUUAACUACAGCCAACGAAGCCCAAAGAUGUUGCAAGUCAAU